CAUGCAGUCGUCCAUCUUCUCCCUGCUGCUUCUGGGUGUGUAUCUGGGUUUGGAUGCUAUGCCUGGGCUCAGUGAAAGCGCACUGGUGCGGGGGACCUGCCCCAUGUCCUGGUUCAUCUUCAACGGUCGCUGUUACAAGUAUGUGGCCACUCAUUCCACAUGGGCUGAUGCAGAGAUCAACUGUGUGUCUCAGGGCGCCAACCUGGUGUCCAUCUACAGUCUGGAAGAAGACAACUUUGUGAGGAGUUUGAUCCAGAAUUUUGAUCGCACUGUGGGACCAGCUUGGAUUGGACUCAGUGACCACCACAAAGAUGGAGCGUGGAUGUGGUCUGAUGGUUGUCCAGUGGUGUAUAUGAACUGGAAUAAAGGAGAACCAAACAAUUAUGGAGGAAAUGAAGCCUGUGGGGAAAUCGGUUGGGAUAAUGGAAAAAAUUGGAAUGAUAUGGUUUGCUCACGUACCUUUCCCUCUGUCUGUGCCACACGUAAACCUUAUUGUUAGAAAUGAUGUCACAGCCACAAACCAACACCUGGACAUGGACUUUAUCUUCUGAUUUGAUGAUAAGGUUCUACAUUUUGAAUAAGUUUUGUUUUGUGGGAUACAAAACUGAUUCUAAUGUAUGUAAACUGUAAGAGCUAAACACUGAUCAAACAAUGACUCUGAUUACAAAACAAAAUGUUAAAUUGAAUCUUAAACAUUUAUA